AUGCAGAGUGGAGCUGAUAAAAAACUGAGGCGAGCAACCCAAGACAUAUCGCCACAUGCCCAACGCGCUGCUCGACGCGUAGCAUCCGCUCAACAGGAGGAUCCACCGGCUCCAACGCUCAUCAAGGGUCGCAGCAGGAAAGGCACCAGGGUGGCUACUGAGGACCUGGCUGGAGUGGCUGCGGCUGGGGCGGCGGAGGCUGUGUCGGUGGGAACGGCGGCUACUAAUGCUGUGGCGGAUGCGGGGCUGUCUGUCGGGACUCCCGCUGCCUCUGGCGGCACCUCAGUUACACCCUCUGCCAUUACCCCGGUUGCUCUGUUGCUGGAUACGGAGCGGGGACUGGCGGCGGAGCGGGGACAGGCAGUGGAGGCGGCAGUGGCUGCGCCACCGGUACCGGCAACUGCGGCUGUGAUUGCAUUGGUUGAGGGACGGGGGGGAGGCCGUACCGAGGAGGACGCGGCGGCUGGCGCUGUAUCCGCCGGAACAUCUGCUGCUGCCGGGGGCGUCGACACGCAGGAGCACGGCCAGGCGGUGGGUGGUAAAUCGGGUCCUCGGACCGGCGCUGCUUCUUGCGCCGCCUGCGGGAAGCUGAAGGAGACGCUUCGCGCCCAGCCAGCGAAGAGGAGGCCCGGAGCAGGGCUGGGACCUGGCUCCCCGAGACCCCUCCUGGGCUGGCUUCGGCAAGGGCAGUUGCCACGAGAGCCAGGGUGUCAGUUGACAUCGUUGGGAGCUGCAACAGCACCUGCCACCACGGAACAGCCGUCGAUAACAUGA